CGUCUCUGCGACGGCUGGUGGGGUCUCAGUGAAUGGAGCCCGGGCGGAACGACGUACACGGUAUUCUGUUGUUCCGCCCGGCUAUAUGUUGGUGGGACGCGUGGUUUUGAAGAGUUGGCGGUAGAAAUGGAGGGCAGGGUUUCUGUUUCAGACCCGGAGAAAGAGCCGGACCCCAGAGUGUCCGUCAGCUCGAGGAGACGCGUUACAGAGCAGAUAGCGCGGUACCAGGAGCUGCUGAAGACGCUGCUGGAGAAGCAGCCUGAGCUUAGCGAGCAGAACCGGGACAAGCUGAGUCAGGAGGCGCUGAGGAAUUUUGAACUUGUGGUGCAAGAAAACAUCGUUGUUGAUGGUUUACCAUGGGAGGAGGCAGCAGAAGAAGAUGGGGCAGAUUGUGAGGUCAGUACAUUGGAUGACAUGUUGGAUGAAAAGAUUGUAGAGGCUACCAGGAAGCGAAGCAUUUACCCAAAGAAAAUUCUCCCAUACGUUGUGCGGUCUUUAAAAGCUGAGCGAAAACUCAUGGGUUUGUUGGAAAACACCAUUGUGCCACAAGAAAUAAAACGAGACCCUGCUCAAGAUGCCAUCAUGAAUAACGUGUCAGCUGCUGCUCCCGGGAUGUUCGGCCAAGCAUCUACAGUAAUAAAGUCAUUGAAAGCCUUGAAGCAGACAGCGGAGGGUCUAUACCAGGUGAUGAACAUGCAACCCUCAGAUGAGACAUUGGAUGUCUACAGGGAGAUAUUUGGCAGCUCUAAUGGUGAAGCCUGCCCAGUCCUGUGCAACAGGGGACCUGCUAGUAAACAGGCCAUCAAAAGAGCUGUAUCUGAGACAGUAUACAGCCUGGACUAUGUCCCUAUGAUGAAGACUCCAACACUGGCUAAAAAAGACUGAGUCAACCUUUUUUUUUUUUUUUUGGAUAAUUCUGCAUGGAAGAACUGCAACCAGUUGUUAUAAGAGAAUCAGUGUUGAUUUAAUUUCCCAAGAUAAUACUGUAUAAAGAUUGUACACAGUGUAAUAAUAUAUCAUCAGUAUGUGACAGUGAUUGGCUAUAUAGGCUAUAGGUUGGCUAUUUGGCUAUUUUUUAAGCAUUAAAGUACCUAAUACUAUUAAAAAUAGCUGACAUGGCUUACAAUUCAUAAUUGACAUUAUAUGGAUAAAAGUUUAUUUGUGCAUUCACUGUUUCUUUUGGAAUUAAUUUAAGACUUUGCAGUGCUUUUGUUGGAAUACCUGUCUCUACUGUCCAUGCAAAGUAUCCAGAGCUUUCCUAGACUUAAAAGCAUUGCUGUGAGUAUUUGAUAGCAUUUAGGGACAGGAGUGGUAGUGAGGUCAGGAUGUUGCAUGAUCAACACCUCACCUUACCCCCAUUUCCUAAGCUCCUCCCCAAAUUAUUGAAUGUAACACCAUCAUUUUAGAGAACACAGUUCCACUGCUCGUGGGCUUUUAAACAAAAGAGAUGGAUGAUGACAACUUACUGCCUUUAAACACUUUAAGAGGUGUUUGCAGAAGAAUGGAAAACAUAACACCUAAGACACUAAAUCACUUGGUACCCUCUGUGCCUAAAAGUAUUUUUAAGUGUUUUGAAAAGUGUUGCAGGCAUAAUGCAGAUAUCAAUGUUUGUUAAUUAAUUAAAUACAUAGAAUGCAUACUGUGUGAAGUCAAAUAUUUUAGUUUUGUGAAUAGUCAUCUGUGACAUCUGAAAUCUUUGUCCAUUGUUGCAUAAAUAUUGAAAGAAACAUAGGGAACCAUUAGUCAUCUAUCAAUGUUAGUAAAGUGUUGUUGAUCUUCAUUUAUGAAACUGUAACCCUGUUGCUAAUCUGUGUAAGAUGUUUUAAAGAGUACAAUUCACUAAUUGACAAAUAUUAAUACAUUUUAUGCCACACUGCUAACAUCUUCUAAAAGCUAAGGCUAAGUAGUGCUCUUAUUAUGAUCUGUUUACAGUGGCCUGAAAUAACUAAACAAAUUAAUUUUUUUUUAUUGUUUAGAAUUUGUGUAGAUUAAACAUGUUUUUU